UCUCAUCCUCCCUGCACCCUGACUGGUUUUCCAUGCGAUCUCAUUCCUUUGUUUAAGCACGAGGAGUGCAUGUCAUCCCUCGACUUGCACGCCACCGCAUCCGGAUCAUACCACUCCGCCUACCUUUGUUUAUCCAAGAUUGACAUCACUGCACAUUACUGGUACUAGCAAUCAUGAGUACUCCAGUUGAGGAGUUGAACAAUCCUUUCGGCGAUGCGCCAUUGAUGUCUGAUCCAGGAAGAUACUCGCCAUUAUCGAGUGGCGUUGUGACCAGUGCUGAGGGCGCAACACCGAGCAAUGCAGCUCAGACGAAGGGGAAAAAGAAGGUUGGCUUUACCGGUGAGGCGGAAGCUGGCGAUCGCGUAGCAGAAGGCUUCUCAUCGCCCGGAUCGAACAGUCCUUACUUCGGUGGCUCGCCUGCUGAGAGCGGAAGCAACACCCCUUCUCGAACCCACACUCGGAAUAGUAGUGGCGACCAACUGCUUGGCUUUGCAGACAGAUCUCAUCUCCCGGAGCUGUCACAACAGCAGACCGAUGCUAUUCGAGGGUCCUUAGCGGAGAGUCUUAGCGUCCCUCGUCCACGCCCUGCGAUCCGACGUGGCGACAGACGUGUGUCCCAUGUGUCUGAUGAGGAGCUCGUUGGACGAGAUGAUGAUGGCAAAAGAGCUCAUCGGCAGGCUCGCGCACGCGAAGCUCUUGAGAGAGGCAAGCGACUGGAGCAUGAGGAGAUCGUCUCAAGACACGCAUCUCCUGAAAGAUCUCGGAUCCCAAGUAUCAAAGCAGGCGAUAUCCUCCUGACAGAUUUGAGCCAUCCACCAGAUUCUGAUGACGAGGAACAUGCCACCCUCGAAAGUCAACCCAAACAGCAUCAUGAGGAGGCGUACAAGCUCGUCAGAAGACAUACCGACGCUCGACGUGCGUUUCACGUCAAAUCGUUCGAUGUGGACCCUGGAUCAGGAGUCCGAUCCGGCGCCGUCACUCCGACCGAAGAACAAGACUUCAUCCAAGAUUAUCAACCACGACCCCAGCACUAUCGAGGAGGCAUUUUAGGUGCUCUUCUCAAAUUAUACAACGAAGACGGUGGCCAUGGCAGGUCGUCCUCGCAUCACAGAUCUCGGAGUGGCGAUCGUGGAAGCUGGUCCGCGAUGUCGUCGCCUCACAGCUCUCCUCCCGAGAGUGGCACCAAUACACCUCGCCGGCACUGGUACUCACACAACAAGCAAAAGCGACAUUCCACCACGUCACUCGCUCAUCUCAUCGGUUCGUCGGCAAGUAUAGGCGCUCCAGCAGUGUCGAAUCUGGGUGAGGAGGUGUCGAGAAGGCUGCGAGAACAGCAGGAACAGGCGUCCAAGAAGCGACCGGGCAUUGGGAAGCGCGGGAUCAGUGGUCCUCUUUUCAAUCGCUUUGGCAAGCUGCAUGCCGAAGAAGAAUUUCGAAUUACCAAUCAUAUUGCCGAGACGAUUGCGAGGCAGAAGUAUUUGAUGAAGCUGUGUAGAGGCUUGAUGCAGUAUGGAGCACCAACUCACCGACUGGAAGAAUACAUGCGUAUGAGCGCUCGAGUUUUAGAGAUCGAUGCUCAAUUCCUCUACAUCCCCGGCGCCAUGAUCAUGUCUUUCGAGGACCAAGAUACGCACACAUCAGAAGUCAAGCUCGUCAAGGUAGCUCAAGGUCUGGAUCUGGGAAAGCUGCGAGACGUCCACGAAGUGUACAAGGAAGUCGUGCACGACAAGGUCGGUGUCGAAGAGGCCACGCGAAGACUCAAAGACGUGAUGACCCAAAAAGACAAAUUCAGCCGCCUCGUCCGGAUCCCAGUGUACGGUCUAGCAGCCGUAUGCGUCGGACCCUUCGCCUUCCAAGCCCGACUAAUCGAUCUACCCAUCGCCUUCAUUCUCGGCUGCAUCCUAGGAAUCUUACAACUCUACAUCGCCCCCCAAUCGGAUCUAUACUCCAACGUCUUCGAAAUCUCCGCCGCCGUCAUAACUUCCUUCCUAGCCCGAGCCUUCGGCAGCAUUCGGAACGGCGAACUAUUCUGCUUCUCAGCCUUAGCCCAAUCCUCCAUCGCCCUAAUCCUCCCCGGCUACACCGUCCUCUGCGCCUCCCUCGAACUCCAAUCCCGGUCCAUCGUCGCCGGAAGCGUUCGAAUGGUCUACGCCAUCAUCUACUCCCUAUUCCUCGGCUUCGGAAUCACAGUCGGCACAGCAAUCUACGGCAUGAUCGACAGCAACGCAACCUCAAAAACCUCAUGUUCCACCCCCCUCCCGGACUACUGGUUCUUCUUCUUCGUCCCAGGCUUCACCAUGUGCCUCAUAAUCAUCAACCAAGCAAAAUGGAAACAAGCCCCAAUAAUGAUGAUCAUAGCGUUCGCAGGAUACAUCGUAAACUACUUCUCCUCGCAACGUUUCGCGGGCAACACCCAAGUCUCGAAUACCCUCGGCGCCCUCGCGAUCGGCGUCAUGGCGAAUUUAUACUCUCGCAUUGGGGCACGAGUCGAGAAUCAAGCUCUCGAUAUCUGGGAACUCACCCUCCGUCCCAUCUGGAAAGCGUUCGGAACCCGGAUCUUCGGACUCGAAACUCGGCGACAAUCAUCUUCGAAGGAACUCGAAGAAGGAAAUCUCUCCGCGGAUAACGACAACGAAUCCCUCUUCCAACCCGCCGCCCGUCGCGUCGGAUACUCUCUCGCAGCAGCAGCCAUGCUCCCGGCCAUUUUCGUCCAAGUCCCGAGCGGUCUUGCGGUGAAUGGAUCUUUGGUUUCGGGGAUUGCGUCUGCGAAUCAGAUUACGGGGAAUACGAGUUCCGGGGGCACGCAGGUGCUUAAUACUAGCACGAUCGUGUCUGAUAAUUACAAUAAUAAUGAGGCGUUGAAUAGUAUUGCGUUUAGUGUGGGGUAUAGUGUUAUACAGGUUGCGAUUGGGAUUACGGUGGGGUUGUUUUUGAGCGCCAUUGUCGUUUAUCCGUUUGGGAAGAGGAGGUCGGGGCUUUUUAGUUUUUGAGGGGUUGUGAACUUGUGAGAUUUUAUUAGCGUGGAGAGAUUGAUACCCUGAUAGAUCGUGUUUGAGGAUAGUCGUAAAUGAUGAACGAUUUUGAUC